UUCUUGAAGACUUUCUUAAAAUUAAUUUUUUUUUCUUUCUUUUAAAGCGAUAAUUUUGAUCAAGUCAUGUCAAGACGAUAUCGUACAAGUUUAACAUCAAUCAGUCGUAUCGAUAAAAAUGAUGGUAACGAUGAUUAUGAUGAUAAUGUUGAUGAUUAUCGAUAUCAAGAUGAUCAACAUAAUCAUCAACAAUUUUCACGAAACGAUGAGUUUUUGCAAUCAUUUCAUAAUCAAUUAAAACGUUUGACCGAUCAGAUGGCUCAGAUGACCGAACAAAUGCAGAAUAUGACCGAUACGAUUAAUUCAAUGACAUUAUCAUUACAAUAUUUAACUUGUAAUUUUAGUUUAUUCAUGAAUGGUUCAUCACCAUCAAGAUUAAAUAGUACAACAAUUUUGAUUGAUGAUGAUACAACUAGUCGUUCAUUUGGUGGUGGUGGUGGUGGUGGUGGUAGUAAUUUUAUGCAUACAUUUAACCAUAAUGGUAAUAAUAAUGUUAUGAAUUCAAUGAUAAAUCGUAAUGCAUCAAUCGAACAAAUACGUCAAAGAUCACCAUCGAAUGAUGAACAUGAAUCCAUUCGUAUAGAAAGACAACGUUCAUUUGUUGUUUCGGAUAAUGAUGAAGAAGAUAUUUUCGAAGAAAAAUCAUUGGAUCGAAGUAAUUAUCGAUUUUUUCGUAAUAAACGAAAUGAUGAAAUGGCUAAAAAACCUACACCAAUGAAACAAACACAAAAAGAAUUGUCCAUUUCAAUGGCUGAUAAAAUUGUUGUGGUCGAUCAUCCUAAAAUUAAUAAAGUUUCCGAAGUUAAAAAACCAAAUAAAAGACAAACAAAACAACAAAAACAACCAACAGUUUCAACAAUAGCCAAUCAAGCGAACAAUGAUGAUCCAUAUGAAUUUCCACCCACUAAUACAAAGGAAAAAAAUCGUCGAGGAAAAUCCAAAACUACUAAAGUAAAAAAAUCUGUGAAAAAACGGUCAUAAUCAUUUUAUAGUUG